GGCAGUCGCAGUCUUUUUCUGAUCAGCCUUUUUCCUGGGCCAGCCUUUUCUCCCCUGCUUCAGAGGAGCUGGUCCCUUCACUGCUGCCGUCGGGGGAACGGGAGACACACCCUCUGGUCUGAAGUGCGCUGACGAUGCUCCGGUGGUCCCCCACUCCUGACUACAGACUCUGGCUGUGUCGAGCUGCUGCAGAUGCCUGGCCAUCAGAGAGUCGCCGCGUUCGCCCAGGCAGUCCUGGCGGGGAGCUCCGAUGCCCACCCUCCCUCCCUGCCUGUUAUUCUGGUACUGGCUCCGGCGGUUUUUGGACCUUCGAUGCCCGAACUGGUUGUUCCGGAAACCAAGUCUUCUGAGUCUUCUUGGUCUUCUGAGUUGACAAAGUACCCUGAGUCUGUGGUUCCGGCGGUUCCAGAGUCGCUGGUUCCGGCGGUUCCAGAGUCAGUGGUCCCAGUGUCUCCUGAGUCAGUGGUCCCAGUGUCUCCUGAGUCAGUGGUCCCAGUGUCUCCUGAGUCUGCGGUCCCAGUGUCUCCUGAGUYKGCGGUCCCAGUGUCUCCUGAGUCUGCGGUCCCAGUGUCUCCUGAGUCAGUGGUCCCAGUGUCUCCUGAGUUGGCGAGUCCCGAGUCGGCGGUCCUUGAAGUUCGUGGGUCAGCUUCUGGCACCUCUACGACAUUUGGGUUGGCUGCUGUUGCCGCCUCAUCACCUGAUACGUUGCCCAUCGUCUCAUCAUCUGGGUUGUCGCCCAUCGCCACCCUGUGGCCUAGGUCAUCGCCGAUCGCCGCCGUGUCGCCUGGGUCAUCGGCCAUCGCCUCACUGUUGCCUAGGUCAUCGAGCAUCACCGCCCUGUCGCCUGGGUCAUCGCCCAUCGYGGCCCUGUUGCCUGGGUCAUCCGCCAUUGUUCCUGUUGGGCCUCCAUUUCCUGUUGGACCUCCAGUUCCUUUCGGGCCCCGUUUUGGAUGGUUUCCUGGCUGUCSUCCUGAUUUUGUUGUGUCAUGUUGAGUCUGUCCUGUCAUGUGUCCCCGAGUCCCGUGCCCCUCCUUUUUCGACGUCAGGAGCCGUUGUUAAGGGGGAGGUACUGUCAUGGUCUGUGUUUUUGGUUACUUGGUUUUUUCUAGUGUUUCAGUGUUUCCCUGUGUUUCUCUGCCCUGCA